CCACUGGGUGCUAUAGUAUAGUGUUGGCCAGUUGUAUUGAGUGCCCAACAGCUAAACAAACGCUCGCCUGAGAGAAACUGGUGGGAAUAACAAGACGAAAUAAACAAACAAACUGUUGUGAAGGAACGAUGCGUUUAGACAUAAGCAGUCCAGUAAGGCCUUCUCUUUUUAUCUCGUGACGGCAUCACCGCUGACAGAGGAGUCUGCAUAAUGACCCACAGGACAGGCGUGUGGCGUGUGCCCACCGCACCUUCCCCCCUCUAUUGACUCGCACAGCAUUAUCCUUGGGCCUUUUUAUAGCUUGGGGAACAGGAGAGGACAGCUGCUUGUGGAUUCCCCUGCUCAUCUGAUAGAAUAGGGUCAGAGUCCUACUCUCCACUCCUGCUCUUCCCCAAACCUCUCGUGCCGUUUCUCUCAGGAGACAUUCAGUCAGCCACGUCCUGAGCGCCUCGUUUGGUCUGUUGGAGUUGGAGUAGCCUAUAGCCAUGGCAGAUAAGAAGGGUGUCAGCAAACUGACUACGAAGAAGAAAGUGGAAACCAAACCGGACAAGGGGAAAGAAAAAGAAGCAGCAGCAGCAGACAAGGAGAAGAAGGACGAUAAAACCAAGAAAGCAGCAGUGAAGCAGCCAGAGAAACCAAAGACACCACAGGAGAAAUCAAAGACACCACAGGAGAAGCCAAAGACACCACAGGAGGAGAAGCCGGCGGAGAAUGGGGAGAAGAAGGAAGGGGCAGAGGCCAUGGAGACGGAUGGAGAGGAGAUGAUGCCCAUUGAACUGCCACCAUUCGAGGUCAUAAUAGGAGAGCGCAUGAACCCCUGCUACUUCAAGUUCCAGUUCCGGAACGUGGAGUACUCCUCGGGCCGCAACAAGACCUUCCUGUGCUACCUGGUGGACGUGCAGGGCAAGACGGACUCCAUCGAGAGCAAGCGCGGCUACCUGGAGGACGACCACGCGGUGGGCGGACACGCCGAGGAGGCCUUCUUCAGGGAGGUGCUGCCCCAGUACGACAGCUCCCUCACCUACGUGGUCACCUGGUACACCUCCUCCAGCCCCUGCGUGGCCUGCGCCGCCAAGAUCGCCGAGGUCCUGCGCGCCCGCAAGAAGCUGCGACUCAUCAUCUACUUUUCCCGGAUAUUCCUGUGGGAGGAGCCGGACAUCCAUCAGGGCCUGAAGGGGCUGGAGGCCGCGGGCUGCAAGCUGCGCAUGAUGAAGCCCAACGACUUCAUCUACACCUGGGACACGUUUGUGGAGAACGAGGAGAUGCCGUUUGUGCCCUGGGAGGACUGUCAGGAGAACUAUGAGUACUACUCAGAGAAACUGACCGACAUCUUGCGCUAGACUGCUGCUGCUGCCGCUCCUCCUGGCUUCAUUACCGUUUCCGCACUUGUCUGUUACCUGAAGUUUCCCCAGAGAGUUUCUUUCCAGAUGUCUGUUUCCUACCAACCCUCCAACCCAUCAUGGAUCAUGCAAGUGGUAAACAGAAGUUGUACAUUAGAAUUAGACUUUACACUGG